CUAUGGUACUUGUACUAAGAAGGUACAUCAAUGGUCGGCAUGAGAGUAAUUCAUAUUCUUACUGGCUAUACCUGACGAAGAAUUUUUCAAAUUUGGUGUGCCACAGUGGAAGCCCUCUUCUCGUUGACCUGACUUUACUCUUGUUGCCAUGAAGAAAGCAGAAGCAGACCCACUGGCGCAAGCCUAUCUGCACAAGGUCAAUUCUCAUCCCGGUGUAUACUGUAUCGCCUUGAACAGGCCGAAGUCGAAGAACGCGAUAUCGGUCCAGCUUCUGAAGGAUUUGCGCGCAGCGUUGAAUCAGGCCAUAUCGGAAAAACUCUUGAAUGUCUUGAUAUUCUACUCCUCGACGCCAGGCGCGUUCUGCUCGGGAGCGGAUUUGAUUGAGAGAAAAUCGAUGACCGACGCUCAAGUACGCGAAUUCCUAUCCAAUAUUAGAGAGAUUUUCAAUUUCAUCGACGACCUCCCAUUCCCCACCAUUGCGGCCAUUGACGGUCCAGCGCUGGGCGGCGGCCUGGAGCUUGCAUUGACCUGUGAUUUUCGUAUAGCAGCGAGCGACGUCACAAAGAUGAGCUUUCCAGAGGUCCGGCUUGGUAUCAUUCCAGGGGCAGGCGGAACCCAGCGUGCACCAAGACUCAUCGGGAUGUCGAAAGCUAAAGAGCUGAUCUUCACGGGAAGGAACCUGACCGCUAGAGACGCGCAAGAUCUAGGUCUGGUGGAUUACGUCGCUGGUUCUUCGUCCACGGCGUUUGAACGUGCUCUUGAGCUAGCGAAAGAGAUGUCUUCGAGCGCACCGCUGGCUCUUCGUGCAGCGAAAUCAGCCAUGUCACGCUCGCUGGAUACUCCGUUGAUCACUGCUCUAAAUCACGAAAGAACAUGUUACGAAUCGCUUUUGGACACGAAGGAUCGAUUAGAGGCACUUGUGGCAUUUCGGGAGAAGAGACGACCCGUCUUUGUCGGUGAAUGAAUGAUAAGUGGGAAGAAAAUUUGAAAUAUUUGUCAUAUACCGAAAGUCGACACGCAGUGUAUUCCAGCUACAAAUUCUUCUUUGUAAAAUGCAUACAGUUUGUCAAAAGA